UCUGCCUGGUAAUUGGCAGCCAAACUGGACGCUUGAGAAUAUCCGUCACGUUGAUACCGUGGAUUCGAGUACACAACACUACAUUGUUCGAAAGUUUUAGCUAAAACUCCAUUGGGUUGUAUGGUGAUCCCUUCUUUCUAUUUGUGUGUUGGCCGUGAAUUCAGAGGUUUCAGCAAACCCAGUGCCAAAGGAGCGGGAGUGGGACAGAGCCCGUCAAGGUUUUUAAAUAAGAGCGAUGAGUUUAUGUGUUUGGAAACAUAACUCUGGGAGCGCCAUAAAGGAGUGAUUCCGAGGGACGAAAGAAUUUUUUUCCCCCUGAAGAUUGUGAUAAAGAUGUGUGAACUAAGGUAAUGCAGUGGGAAGAACCAAAGAAUUUUUGAGGAUACUUGGAACACCUGCGCAAGCACUGGAUUUUGCCCAGCGACAUCUUAAAGGAAGCAGGCUGUGAGCCAAGGGGAAGGCAGAGGACAGAUAUGAGCGUGUCCCCAAGAUUUCCUGGUGGUUUAUGGUAUUCUCCAAACUCCUAUGCAAGGUCUGUGCCUGACCAAGAAGACCCAAGGAGACCUUCUCUAAAAUCAAGUCCGGAUGAAGGUCCUGGGCUGCUCACACAGGACAAAAUAUAUGGAGUGAUCCAUUGGAUACCCUCUGAUUAUGAUAGAGAAGUGAUUGCGGUCUGAGCUAAUGUGGGACCUUGAAGGCUUCUGGAUCUGUUGCUUCAAGAUUGCCUUUGUGGGCAGGUAGACUGUUCCCAGCCAGGAAACUCCAUGUCUUGGAUCAACCUUCAGAGCUGUACUCCUCUGUUAUCUUUUGCCCUGGCCUGGUGCACAGUGAAGAGAACUAAGAGGAAAAAAGUGAAUAUGGUUUUUGCUCACAGAAUGGAUCACAGCAAGCCACCUAUGGUUAUUCCUACACCUCUGGUGUCCCUCCAGAACCACAGCUGCACUGAAACAGCCACGCCUCUGCCAAGCCAUGACCUGAUGGAUUUAUAUGAGGAGCCCAACUGGACGAGCAACAGAACAGACCUUCAAUAUGGACUGAAACCGGGGGAAGUGGCCACAGCCAGCAUUUUCUUUGGGGCUCUGUGGUUGUUUUCUAUCUUUGGCAACUCCCUGGUUUGUUUGGUUAUCCAUAGGAGCAGGAGGACUCAGUCUACCACCAACUACUUUGUGGUCUCCAUGGCCUGUGCUGACCUUCUCAUAAGCGUGGCCAGCACUCCAUUUGUCCUGCUCCAGUUCACCACUGGAAGGUGGACAUUGGGUACCGCGAUGUGCAAGAUGGUGCGAUACUUUCAAUAUCUCACUCCAGGUGUCCAGAUCUACGUUCUCCUCUCCAUCUGCAUUGACCGGUUCUACACCAUUGUCUACCCACUGAGCUUCAAGGUAUCCAGAGAAAAAGCCAAGAAAAUGAUUGCAGCAUCAUGGAUCUUUGAUGCAGCCUUUGUGACCCCCGUGUUCUUUUUCUAUGGCUCCAACUGGGACAGUCACUGUAACUAUUUCCUCCCUUCCUCUUGGGAAGGAACUGCUUACACUGUCAUCCACUUCUUGGUGGGCUUUGUGAUUCCAUCUGUCCUCAUAAUCUUAUUUUACCAGAAGGUCAUAAAGUAUAUUUGGAGAAUAGGCACUGAUGGCCGAACAGUGAGGAGGACAAUGAACAUUGUCCCAAGGACAAAAGUGAAAACAGUCAAGAUGUUCCUCAUUUUAAAUCUGUUGUUCUUGUUUUCUUGGCUGCCUUUUCAUGUAGUUCAGCUGUGGCACCCCCAUGAACAAGAUUUUAAGAAAAGUUCCCUUGUUUUCACAGCUAUCACAUGGAUAUCCUUUAGUUCUUCAGCCUCUAAACCUACUCUGUAUUCAAUUUAUAAUGCCAAUUUUAGGAGAGGGAUGAAAGAGACUUUUUGCAUGUCCUCAAUGAAAUGUUACCGAAGCAAUGCCUAUACUAUCACAACAAGUUCAAGGAUGGCCAAAAAGAACUAUGUUGGCAUUUCAGAAAUCCCUCCCAUAGCCAAAACUGUAACCAAAGACUCAAUCUAUGAUUCAUUUGACAGAGAAGCCAAGGAAAAGAAGCUUGCUUGGCCCAUUAAUUCAAAUCCACCAAAUACUUUUGUCUAAUUUCUCAGAAUUCUUUCAAUUAUUGUUAUGUGUCAGAGAUUAAAAAGCUUUAACUAUAAAGACAAAUUUUUUACACUU